UCAAGGGACCGGAGUUGCUUACGAUGUGGUUCGGUGAAUCCGAGGCGAAUGUCCGUGACGUUUUCGACAAAGCGCGUGCGGCUGCCCCUUGUGUCAUGUUCUUCGAUGAACUUGACUCGAUUGCCAAGGCCCGUGGCAACUCCUCUGGGGACGGUGGAGGUGCAGGAGAUCGAGUGCUGAACCAGAUCCUGACAGAGAUGGACGGUAUGAAUGCGAAGAAGAACGUGUUUAUCAUCGGUGCCACCAACAGACCGGAUCAGAUUGACUCGGCUCUCCUUCGUCCUGGUCGUCUCGACCAGCUCAUCUACAUUCCUCUCCCCGAUGAACCAUC